AGUGCAUUUAUACAUGAAAAUUCAGUGCAUUCAAUAAUUCACAGCAAUAUUUUCACACAAAUAGUUAAACUCACGUCUGAAAUUUCAUUUUCUGCGAUAUUUUCAAGUUUUAAGAUCAAUGGCUUCAAGGAAAGUGUUCAAGGAAGACAGAGCUGAAGCAGCUGCAAAGCUAGCUGCAAAAGACAUUGGCGACGUAAACAGAACAAACGAACGUGAAGAAGGUUACACACUUAAUUCUGAAUUACAGUUCAAACAAGCACGAGCUGAAGCAGCUUCAAAACUUGCUGCUAAAGAUCUUGAAGAUGUUAACCGAGCAAGAGAAAGUGCAUUCAAUGCUUCAGGGUAUCAACAAGAAGAACAGAAACCAGGUGUUCUUGGUUCAAUGUUCAAAGCAGCAAAAGAAGCUGUAGUUGGAAAGAGUUACGAAGCUGGUGAAAAAGCUAGGGAUACUACAGAUUAUGCAGCUCAGAAAACAAGAGAAAAUGCUGAUUAUGCUGCUGAGAAAGCCAGAGAAACGAAGGACACAACUGCAAAUAAAGCCGGGGAAUACACAAACUAUGCUGCAGAGAAAGCGAGGGAGGCAAAAGAUACCACUGCGAAUAAAGCAGGGGAGUAUACAAACUAUGCUGCAGAGAAGGCGAAGGAAGCGAAGGAUGCAACGGUGAACAAAGCUGGGGAGUAUACGAACUAUGCUGCUGAUAAGGCGAAGCAGGCAAAGGAUGCAACGGUGCAGAAGGCUGGAGAAGCUAAAGAUGCUACAGUGAACAAAGCUGGAGAGUAUAAGGAUUAUACUGCUGAGAAGGCUGUAGAAGCUAAGGAUACCACCGUGGGGAAGCUUGGAGAGUUGAAGGAUUCAGCUGCAGAUGCUGCUAAGAGAGCUAUGGGUUUCUUGACUGGCAAGAAAGAUGAAACUAAGGAGAAGACAAGGGAAAUGCUGGGUGGAACGGAAGAAGAUGCGAGGAUGAGAAUGGAUGAUUUAAGCGUGGAAAGAGGAGGGAGGGGUAGAGAGAAGGUGGUUGUGAAGGUGGAUGAGAGUAGGCCAGGAGUGGUGGCUGAUGGGCUGAGAGCAGCAGCAGGAAUGGACAAGACUGAUACGGGAUACUUGGAGGAAGAAGGCACCAUUCAUGUUGAGCGUCGUCGUGAGAAAAUGUGAUCAUAAUCAUUAUAUGCUAUAUAUAUAUGCAAUGAUGUUGCCAUAUGACUACUACAUGAUUACUAGUUUUUUGUAAUCAUAAUCAUAAUGUGUUCUGUAAUAAUAAUAUUGUGUUGUUCACUGUGUUUAAUCUCAAUAUUGUUAAUCAAUCAAAUCCCGCUUUACCUUUUUUGGUCUGAGGGAGGAUAUGUUUUGUUUCUUGA